AUGAUUUCACGACAAAUUAUUUUCAUUCGACCUUACGUAUCAAAUCAAUUGUCAAUAUUUCGAAAUGUUCAUAUCAGUAAACCAAUGUAUCAAUCAAGUAAUCGACCAUUUACAUUAACAAAACGAAAUAGAAAAGACAAAUUUGAUGGUGGUGCUCUGUUUUUACUCAUGAUUCCAGUGAGUGCAUUUGCAUUAGGUUGUUGGCAAGUUAGUCGUCGAAAAUGGAAAAUUAAUUUAAUUGAAAAAUUAAAAUCACAUACACAAGCUGAACCAAUUUCAUUACUUGAAAAUUUAGAUAUUUUGCCCGACUUAGAAUACUAUCCAGUUCGCGUUCGAGGUAAAUUCGAUCAUUCACGAGAAUUUCUUAUUGAACCUCGUUCACGUCUUGAUAUUGUUGAUCAUGAAAAUCAAGUUGGUUCACGACAAUCGCGUGCUUCAGUAGUACCUGGUGCACAUGUGAUCACACCAUUUAGAGUUGCAAAUCGAAAUUUUGAUAUUCUUGUCAAUCGUGGUUAUGUUCCAUUCGAUUUACGAGAUCCGUCUACUAGACUUGCUGGACAGAUUGAAAAUGAACAUGAGAUUAUUGGGUUACUUCGAUCAACAGAUUAUUUAAAUGCAAUGUGGAAUAAAAAUGAACCCUCGAGAAAUAUUUGGCGUGUACGUGAUGUCGCCGAAAUGGCAGCUACUGUUCAAACGGCACCCAUUUUUAUUGACGAAAUCAAAAGCACGUCUGUUCCUGGUGGUCCAAUUGGUGGUCAAACAAAUAUUCAACUGCGCAAUGAACAUCUUUCCUACAUCGUUACAUGGUAA